UAUCUGCAAAGACUUGUUUUUUAUUUGCCGUGUGACGACUUCUUCUUCUUCAUCUUCUUCGUCCUCUCCUCUUCUUCGAAGCUUUGCUUCUUAAAAAUCUCUGCACAUCUUUCCUCAAAUCUCUUCGUCUUUUAUCAUGACCCAUUUCAAAUAAUCACAAUCAUCCUUCCCUUCUGGCGAUUAAAUUUCAUCUUCUUCUGACAAAGUUUUAAUUUUUCUGUUUACAGAAUCAAUUCAAAGUGGAGAAACCUCGGUGGUAUAAUUUCUUCUCGACAAUGAAGUGUUUCUUGUUCUCUGGAGGGGACAAGAAAGACGACCAGAAGACCCCUAAGUCGGUCUCACUGACCUCUAACUUCUCUGACCACGACAUAAACCGAAGCGGGUCAGAGUUCAACUCUCGAGAUGCCUCUGCCACGAGCACCGAGUCAUCCAUGGGGAGGAAGAACUCGUACCCUACAAUGUCUACUAGAGCAAGUAACCUCAGAGAGUUCAGCAUUACUGAUCUCAAGUCUGCAACAAAGAACUUUAGCCGGUCUGUUAUGAUUGGAGAAGGCGGUUUCGGUUGUGUCUACAGAGGAACAGUGAGGGACUUAGAAGACCCGUCAAUUAAAAUCGAAGUCGCGGUUAAGCAGCUCGGUAAAAGAGGUUUACAGGGGCAUAAGGAAUGGGUUACAGAAGUUAACUUCCUCGGGGUGGUUGAGCAUUCAAACUUGGUGAAGUUGCUUGGUUAUUGUGCAGAAGAUGAUGAACGUGGGAUCCAACGGCUUUUGGUUUAUGAAUACAUGCCUAACCGAAGCGUUGAAUUCCACUUAUCUCCACGUUCACUCACGGUCCUUACCUGGGAUCUCAGAUUGAGAAUCGCUCAAGAUGCAGCUCGUGGUUUAACAUACCUGCACGAACAAAUGGAGUUUCAGAUAAUAUUCCGCGAUUUCAAGUCCUCAAACAUUCUUUUGGAUGAAGACUGGAAAGCAAAGCUCUCGGAUUUCGGUUUGGCUCGUUUAGGUCCAUCUGAAGGACUAACCCAUGUUUCUACCGAUGUCGUAGGUACAAUGGGUUAUGCAGCUCCUGAAUACAUCCACACCGGCCGUCUCACAUCCAAAAGCGAUGUGUGGGGUUAUGGUGUGUUCAUCUAUGAGCUCAUCACAGGGAGGCGACCAGUAGACAGAAACAAACCAAAGGGAGAGCAGAAGCUUCUAGAAUGGGUGAGACCUUAUCUAUCCGACACGAGGAAGUUCAAGCUCAUAUUAGACCCAAGGCUCGAAGGGAAGUACCCUCUCAAAUCAGUUCAGAAGCUAGCAGUUGUGGCCAACAGAUGUUUGGUUAGGAACCCAAAGGCACGUCCUAAGAUGAGUGAAGUGUUGGAGAUGGUGACCAAGAUUGUGGAAGCUCCUUCAGGGAGCGGUAUUAAUCCGCAGCUAGUUCCGCUGAAGAGUCUAGAGACUUCUAGAGACGCGGGUGGGAAAAAGAAGAGGGUCUUAGAGACGAGGAACAAUGGUGGCGGCGAAGGAGGUUGGUUUGGCAAGUUAUGGAACCCAAAGACAAUACGAGCUUGUUGAUUGCUUUAGAUUCAACCUCUUCUCAUGAAAAGAAAAAGCCUUAUGGAGAUUGAAAAGCUGAAAGAUUUGGGUGAGAUCAAGAUCAAGCUCAUAUAUAUAUAUAUAUACAUAUUUAUAUAUGAAGAUUGUAAGAUGAUAAAUGAUAUAAUUCGAUGUUUCCAUGAUUGUAAGUUGUAACCACAGCUGAAUUACCAAGAUAUGUAUAUAGCUUAUCAGAGUUUUGUUCCAA